AUGGGCAGAGUGAGAAGCAGAGUUGCCUCUUUGUUCAUAUGGACUUUGGUUGCUGGGAUGAUAUCCCAGAACUUGGUCAUCCCUGUCAUGUCCUCCACUGUUGAAGGCCAGAAGACCUACUACUCUCCAGACCCACAUUCAGGAAGCCCCCCUGGAGGUUCACACAGUACUCCUUCCGAUCCACCAUCACAUGGUGGUGGCUCUCACAGACCCCCCUCUCAUGGAAGCCACCACCCAACACCAUCAUCACCACCUUCCAACUGUGGCACCCCACCAUAUCACAACCCAACUCCAUCGCAUGACCCUGGAACUCCAUCCGAGCCAUCAACACCCUCAACUCCUCCAAGUGGUGGUGGCUACUAUAACUCUCCACCAACUUCAGGAGGCUACAGCCCCCCACCAACACCAGACGUUUUAACCCCUCCCACACCAGACGUUUUAACCCCUCCCACACCAGACAUUGUUAGCCCCCCAAUCCCAUACAUUGGAACCCCACCAACUGACCCAAACACUCCUAGCAUUCCUACACCCCCUUUUCUUCCUGAUCCCAACUCUCCACCGUUUACAUGCAUCUACUGGAGGAACCAUCCCACAGUGAUAUGGGGUCUGUUAGGCUGGUGGGGAACUUUGGGCCAUGCAUUUGGAGUGAAUAGCCUUCCAGGGUUUGGCUCAAGCACCAUGAGCUUGCAGCAAGCGCUUUCCAAUACACAUACUGAUGGGCUUGGUGAACUCUACAGACAAGGAACUGCUGCCUUGCUGAAUUCCAUGGUUGAUAACAGGUUCCAUUUCACAACCAAGCAAGUCAGGGACAGCUUUGUGGGAGCUCUGGGAUCAAACAAAGCUGCAGCAUCUCAAGCCCGUGUGUUCAAGCUGGCCAAUGAAGGAAAACUCAAGCCUAGAGCCUGA